AUGAUGCUUUGCAGUGUUGCCCAGGCUGUGGCGCACGACCAGGAGGUCUCCCUGAACUCAGAGCUCCUGCUCAGCGAGCAGAGAUGGCAUUUCUUCCUUUUUCUUCCAGGAUCCCUGGGCGACAUCUCCAAGUCCUUCUCAGACUUCACCAACCCCGACGAAGUCAACAGCUACCUAACCCUCAACCUCACCUCCGCACUGUGCCUCACCGCCUCCAUCCUGAAGGCCUUUCCUGCCCAGCCGGGCUUGACCCGCAUGGUGGUCAACAUCUCCUCCCUCUGCGCCCUGAAGCCGUUCAAGAGCUGGAGUCUCUACUGCACGGGGAAGGCGGCCCGCGACAUGAUGUUCCGAGUCUUGGCGGCAGAAGAGCCGGACGUGCGCGUGCUUAACUACGCUCCAGGACCCCUGGACACCGACAUGCAAGAAGUGGCCCGCACCCAGUCAGCAGACCUGGAGCUGAGGCAGAUGUUCCAUGACAUGAAACAGUGUGGGCAGCUGAUAGACUGUGACGUCUCCUCCCAGAAGUUGCUGAGCCUUCUUCUUGCAAACACAUUUGAAUCGGGUGCUCAUAUUGACUUCUAUGAUACCUAAAAAGUUCUCCAGGAUCCUGGUUCCAUUGGAAUGUGCCUUCUAGCACAGAUCUUCACUUCCCAAGAGAGUAGCAAUCAUUGUAUCUUGAUUUUUUUUUUUUAAUGAAUGCUUGCAGGGAGUAAUCUGCUCUACAGAGUUUUGUACCUGAGGAUGUUGUAGAAGCAUUUUGCAAAGCUUUGAACUGUAACUGUGCAAAAGAAAAGCAAAAAAUUACACUAAGCUAUCUUUGCGUCAUGUGGGGGAAAUUUUGCUCUAUGCAGGGUGGAAGGUGCAGCAAAAAGGAGAAGGUUCCUUCUAUAUGAUGACUUUGUAGCAGCCAUACAGGAAGUGCCGAAGAAUAACCAGCUUGGCAUUAAAAUUUGCCGGGUGCAAGUCUGGGAAUGUUUGCUCACCCCAGCAGGAAGAGGUACGCACCUCAGCAGCUGCUGAAUUAGGAAAGGUAUGCCCUACCCUUGGCAGCUGUCCCUCCACGCUGGAAGAUGGACUUCUACAUGGUGGCAGAGGAUUGGGACCAUGGAAUUGACCAGUGCCUCUGCUCUAGUUGGGGUUCUUCAGCAGCUGCAAACUUUGCAGCUGUGAGAAUAACCUUGAGGAACAGGAAGACAAUGGUCAGAUAAGAGAAAUCUGAGCCCAAGGCAGGAAUGUAAUU